AUGGCACUCCUCGGCGACGCGCUGCGGCAGGCCUUCCUGAUGCCGCGGCGCGCCUACGCGGCGCUCCGCGACGACGAGCACUCCCUCCCGCCUCGCCUCCGCCGCCCGCUGGCCGUGAGCGCCGCCUGCUGCGUCGCCGCCGCUGUGGCAGCUGCCGCGUGCGUCAGCCUCGGGAUCGUGUUCCCUGCCGAGCCCGCCGAGCGGCCCUUCUGCCGGGAGCGCCGCAUGCUGGAGGCGCUGCCCGCCGCCGCCAGCAGCAGGGAGGAGGAGCCCGAGGCGUACCGGUACCGCGGGGGUGCCUUUUACAUGACCACCGCUGAGGCCGCCGACUUCUACUGGAUGGUCGUCUUCGUGCCAUCCGCCGUCCUCUUUGGCGCCUCGUUCACCUACCUUGUAGCUGGAAUGUCUGUUGCAUAUGCUGCUCCAAGAAGGCAUCCAAUGAUCUGUGUUGUUGAGAAUAAUUUCUGUGCUUCUAGAAGAGGUGGUGUUCGUUGCCUGGCUAUACUUAAUGUAGUUUUCGCUGUAAUAUUUGGUCUCAUGGCAAUUAUUCUUGGAUCAACACUGCUGGCCCUUGGAAGUACUUGUUCAGUUCCUCUUUUCUGGUGCUAUGAAAUUACAGCCUGGGGUUUGGCAGUGUUAUAUGGUGGCACAGCCUUCUUCUUGAGAAGGAGAGCUGCAGUUGUCCUUGACGAGGGAGAUUACGUUACCCACAAUGUGGGUCUGGAGAUGCUGGAGUCCAAAAUGGAAGUGACUCCAGAGAUGCAGCGCCGCAUCAACGAUGGUUUCAAGCAGUGGAUGGGUUCGUCCCUUCUAUCUUCUGAUGACGAGGAGGAAGCCACGGAUGACUACAUUGAGCACGAUGCUCCUAGCCCGACUGCCUUGGGUCAACAUCGCCAGCAGGAGCAUGAUCUAGAGACCUGA